AUGGUCCGAAUACCCAGGAUUUGGAAGUCUUCCAGCAACUCGGACGAGGCUGCCGAUGACAAGACCUUGGUUGAGAACGACCUUCCUAUGAGAUCAAAGGAUGAAGAUGGCACCGGUGACAAGGAACUCUGCAGUCUCCAGAUCCAUCCGUUGCCCUCAAAGGAGGGGAUACUAGUCAAGGUCAUCCCUCCAAGGCUGCCGGCAAAUAACUCAGAGUUGAAGCAUGUGCCAUGCGAUAUAGUCCUAGUCAUCGAUGUCUCUGGGAGCAUGGGAAUGGAUGCGCCGGUUCCGGGAAGCUCCAACGACCCGCAGGAAAGGAACGGUCUGUCUGUAUUGGACCUGACGAAACACGCCGCGCGCAUGAUCAUCGAGACGCUCGACCAGCGUGACCGGCUCGGCAUCGUGGCCUUCGCAAGUCAGGCUAGGGCAAUUCAGCAACUGAUUCCCAUGAAUGUGGCAAACAAGAAGAAGGCGAUCAAAAACAUCGAAAACCUGACACCUAUCGAUGCCACAAACUUAUGGGGAGGGAUCCUCGAAGGUAUCAAGCUGUUCCGGAAUGGAAGCAACGAUGGCAGCGUGCCGGCGCUCAUGGUUUUGACCGAUGGCAUGCCGAACCACAUGAGCCCGCCUCAGGGCUAUGUACCAAAGCUACGGACCAUGGAGCAACUUCCUGCCAGCAUUCACACCUUUGGUUUCGGCUAUAAUCUGCGGUCUGGCCUGCUCAAGUCCAUCGCCGAGUUUGGAGGUGGUAACUACUCCUUCAUUCCGGACGCAGGCAUGAUUGGUACUGUUUUCGUGCACGCCGUGGCGAACCUACAGACAACCUUUGCAGACAAGGCUACGCUACGCUUGACGUAUCCUAGCGAGGUGCUGCUCGAGCAGACGACCGGUGAAUCCGUCGAGUUGCAGGAGCCAGUCGAGCUGUAUCAUGACGGCAAGUUGGCGCGAAAAAUGACCAUAUCCUUAGGCAGUCUGCAGUACGGUCAGUCGCGCGACAUCUACCUCCGGUACGACAACAAGCCAGCUCUCGCCGCCCAAAAAUGCGCCGAGGUCCCCGUCAUGACCGCCGUGCUGGAGUACACGCAGAUGACUCCCGAGGUCGAGGCCGUCGCCGACCAGCGAAGCCUCCUCCAGGACACCGACCUCCCCGCCGCCGAGAUCGACUACCACGUCUCCCGCUCCAUGAUCUGCUCCUUCCUCGCCUCGCUCUUCCCCCUGCGCACCGACGCCGAGCACGAGCCCAAGUCCUGGUCCGAAGACCUCGCGGCCGAGUGCUCGGCCCUGAUCCGCGCCGUCCCCGCCGCCGCGCGGCAGGACCCGCUCAACGCGUCGCUGAUGGACGACCUCGCGGGCGCGGACCCGAGCGGGCAGGUCUCGCUGGCGCUCAGCAGGCAGGAGUACUGGGACCGGUGGGGCGCGCACUACCUGCCCUCGCUGGCGGGCGCGCACGCGCGGCAGGCCUGCAACUCGUUCAAGGACCAGGGCCCGCUGCAGUACGGCCGCGACAGCCCGCUGUUCGCCCGCUGCCGCGACGCGCUCGACGCCGCGUUCGACAACCUGCCCGCGCCGGCGCCGAGCAACGUGCCCGCGCAGGCGGCGGGCAGGGGCGGGCGGCGGGCGGCGGGCGGCUUCGUCGGGGGCGGCUUCAGCAUCAGCAUGAGCGCGUACAACCGCUCCAGCAACCCCUGCUUCGCGGGCUUCUGCCGCGUGCGCCUGGCGUCGGGGCGGUCGGUCAAGGUGGAGCGGCUGCGCCGCGGGACGGAGGUCGUGACGCCCAGGGGGGCGAGGAAGGUGGCUGCGGUGCUCAAGACGAGGGUCAAGCGCGAGGAGAUGGUGCGUGUUGGGGGGCUGCUGGUAACGCCGUGGCAUCCGGUGGCUAGCGUAGUAGGAGCCGGUGAAGGUAGGCAGUGGCUGUUCCCUGUCAGCGCUGCGGAGGCCAGGGUGCGCUACACCGGGUCCAUCUACUCUGUGCUGCUUGAGGAGGAUAAGAGCCCUGAUGCGCAUGCGAUCAUGAUCGAAGGGGCUUGGGGCGUCACCCUGGGCCACGGUCUGCUUCACGGAGACGACGUCAGGGCGCACGAGUUCUUUGGAGACUACGGCAAGGUCACUCGAAGCUUGAGGGCGCUGCCGGCGAGCAAAGGUGGCGUCGUGCUCGGCGGUGGUGUGAAGAGGGCUACCCAGUCAAGCCGUGUAUGUGGAUUUCAGCGGCCAAGCACGAGGGUUCUGUUCCGCAACCGGUCUCAACGUUCGUAUCUCACGGGAAAGGGCAUGGCGAGACAAGUGGUCGGGAAGUGA